CUUUUUGGAAACGCGCUUGAGGUGGAAGUUUUGUGGGGGAGUUCUUCGGAAUUUUUGUAACCUCUUGUGCGGUGCAGUUGCUGUUGGGGUGCGAUUUUAAUUAGGGGAGAUUUUUGGGGCCAAGUCAUGCCACGAUUUCCACUUCAUGCCGCCUCGGGGACUGGGGUGUACUUGGAAUGUCGUAAGAAAGUCAUUCGGUUUGUUCGGUACGGCUGUGCGAACCGGCCGUUCUUUCAUAUUGUGGUCAUGCCUCCUAAAGUAGAGCAGAGGAAGCCGCCCAUAGAGCAGCUAGGGACGUACGAUCCAAUGCCAAACAAGUUCAACGAGAAACUGGUGGCUCUCAACACCGAGAGGAUAAUGUUCUGGCUGGGGCAGGGGAACGUAGAGAUCUCAGAGCCCGUCGAGGAGCUCCUAGGUAUCGCUGGGUUCCUGCCGAUCCAUCCCAGAACGUACAUCGCAGCCUGGCGGGCCAGGAGAAAAGCCGAGGAGGAAGCAGCCAAGGCGAAACAGGAGGAGGACGAGACUCCCCAGACUCAGGAGCAGAGCAACUGAUGAUCAUGCCGUUGGUUAUCGUGUAAAUAGGUUCAUUAUUGUCAUGAUAAUUAUUAAAUAAGAAAUACUUUAACGAA